AUGGCGGCGGCGCGCCGGAAAUACGUCACGGUCUCCAUGGCAACUGAGGGACUUCCUGGAAACCAGGAAGCUGGCUCCACGGCUGUGAGCCCGCUGUUCCCGGGGCCGGGCUGGCUCCCGGCUCUGACCCCGCCGCUCCCCGCAGGGCAGGCGCUGGCCCUGGCGCUGGUGGCCGCGCUCUGGGGCGGGACCGGCCCGUUCCUGAGGGCCGCAGCCGCGGGCAUGGAGGAACAGCGGGGCCGGGGCCGCCUGCGGCAGCUGCUGGCGGAGCUGCGAUUCCUCAGCCUCAACUGGCAGUACCUGGUGCCCUUCCUGCUCAACCAGGCUGGAUCUCUGCUCUUCUACCUCACCUUGGCCUCCACAGACCUGUCCCUGGCAGUGCCACUCUGCAACUCCCUGGCUUUGGUUGUGACCUUGGUGACUGGGAAAAUCCUGGGAGAGGACAUUGGGGGCAAAAGAGCUGUGGCAGGAAUGCUGCUCACCGUGCUGGGGGUGUCCCUGUGCCUGGCUGGGGCCUGAGGCAGCAGCAGAACAGCAGAGGGUG